AUGGAAGAUUGUGAGCAAGCAUAUGGCAUUGGAGUGCAGUUUAAAGUCAGCGAGGGGAAAGCCGUGGUCUCUUAUAUCCGCGCUGACGGCCCGAGCUCCAACCUGGAUAUAGCCAUCGGGGAUGAGCUUCAAUCCGUUGACGGACAAAACAUCGAUGUCUCGCACUUCGACCAUGUAGCUGUGCUCAUCCGAGGCAGCCAAGGCACGCAGGUCCGACUCACAUUGAAGCGUGAUGGAGAGAAGAAGGAGGUGGUUGCUACCAGAUCUGUCCAGCUCUCUACCAAGAUGUAUACGAGCAGACCAAUGCUCGCCUGUCAGGUCCCUACCGAAGACGACGAGGAAGGCAGCGACACGAGACGAAGGUUGCUGCAGUCAAGGAAUCCGAGGCCGCUAUCAAGUUUGCCCAACAAUGAGGAGUACGGCAACACGACCUGGAUGCCCGACUCGAAGCAUGACAAGAAGAAGCAUGGCAGCAGAUCGAUGGAGAGAAGUGAAGACAAUGACGGUAUCGACGUCCUCAAGAAGAAGUGCAACUAUCUCAACAGGGAGAACAAGAUUCUCACAGACGAGCUUGCUUCUGAGCUCUCUGUACUUGAUACAGCGGCUCGGAAGCAGCUGCUCAAGACGCUGCAGGAUGAAGACAAGAAUCCCUGGAGCAACCUGCUCGGAUCGAUCGGGCAGAAGGAGAACCAGAACAUGCCGACGAAGGACCAUUGGGCCCAAGAAAGCAUGUCUUCUCCAACGAUGGAAGCGAUUCCUUGGUACGAACGAGUUUUCACAUGCGGGAAGCGUUUUCCGGAUUUCGUUGUCAAGAAUUGA